AUGGAUAUUGCCAAGAAGCGGAAUGUUGGGGGGAACACGUGUGUUCCGUUCUUGUGUUCCAUGCUGGGGUCGGCGUUCUGGUUCAAGUACGCGACGCUGAUCGGCUACAACCCCACGAUGAUCAUUGUGAACACGAUGGCGAUUGUCAUGAACUCUGGUUACCUUUGGAUUUACUACUUGUUCUGCGGACGGAAGCCGUUGGUUCAUCGGUAUUUGAUGGCGAUUUUGGCGCUGAUUGCGACCACGUACUGGUACGUGGACUAUGUGCUGGAGGAUCGGGAAGAUGCCAGGUGCAAACUCGGCCUGAUUGCCUGUUGUAUCUCCGUCCUGUUCACCGCAUCUCCUCUGGUGCUCAUCGGUCACGUUAUUGAGACUCGGUCGACGGAAGCACUUCCGCUGCUGCUCAUUGCUUCCACGUUCUUGGUGUCGGUCUUGUGGCUCCUGUACGGCAUGGUUCUCGGCGACACUUUCGUGACGGAAUCACCGACUGGGUCAUUCAUUGCAUUGCAGGUGCAGAAUGGAAUUUCCGUCGUGUUCGGACUAGUGCAGCUGGCCUUGUUUGCCAUCUACCCUCGGCGACGGGGCUCGCCGGCGUCUCCGGAAACGAUCCGCGAUGGUGAGGACGCGCGUCGCGAUUUGACCUCGACCACGAGGCUGCAGCAGUCGGGAAGGAAGGUGCUCGAUUCCGUUCUGAGGGAACGCGUCGCCGUCGUCGAUCCUCUUCAACUCGGGAGGACUGGGAGGAAAUAG